CUGUUUCUCCCAGCGUGGGUCCUGAGAGAUCUGUCACCGACUUUUCCACUCCUUUGCGGUUUCAGUUUUCGUCAAAAGCGAACUAGAGGCUUUUUCGGGCGACUUUGGCACUCGCCUCCUGAACGACCGUUUCUGCCGGCACACACGACGCUCUGUUGAUGGUGGUUCUCUCUAAGAUCUGUAGACACAUGUACUUUUGUAUAUGUAUGGCUGUGACUGUAAAUAUCUUUCAGCACACUCUGUUCAGCGGAAAAGAGUGAACGCGGUCGUCUUCCGGUUUUCCGUGUAAGUCUGCGGUUUCUCCCGCGUUCCGCAAAGAGACGAGAGCGACAGACACAGGCCUUCACCAAAGGAGGUGAAGGAUGCUUUCCACUGCCAAGCAGACUUCGAAGACAGACGCGAGUCGCCUCUACACCGCCUUACGCAUGCACGUCCCUGCAAGUGUGCAUUUCGUUUUCUCCAUCAAAGGACCUGCAGCCACUGACAGGGAAGAAUCGGGAAGAAGUUGGUUCACCGCUAAAGAGAGAUCGACGACGGUCUUCUGAAAAGGAAGCGAAUACACGUUGAGUGGGAGGGAACGCGAAGGAAAGAACUACGACGAGACUGGGGGACGGAGUGCCACUGGAAGCAACAUGGUCCCCUAGCUCGCUGGACCGACACCUGGUUGUCGCCCACAAGGGUGCUGAGUCUUCCCUGCAUCUACACGCAGCCAUAUGCAUGUCUCCUGAUUGAAGCGAAUCUCGCACCAUUGCUGUGCAAGUCUUAAAAAUGGAAGAGGCACUGCGGGAGAUGGCCCACUCGCGGCUGCCGAAGGCAGACCAAAUCCAAGCACUCAACCUUCUUAUCAAAAUAGUCAACAACGUCCUGUCUCCACCGGGAUCGGCGAAUCCUGAAGAGCUGGAGCGUUUCCGGUGUAUCAACAGCGGAAGCACGGCACUCCAGCAGCGGCUGCUGCGCCACGGCCCCGUGUACGAGAACUUGCUUCUUGCUUUAGGGUUCUAUCGGACGACCGAGCCGCCUGUCUCGCGUCCGCUGCCUCAGCCGAAUCAGGAGUACUUUUUUCUUCCCGAGCAUGCAGACCGCGCUCAGCUGCUAGCCGAUCUCGAGCUCCUCAGAGCCACGGUCGCGAGUCUGGAGACAGAAGGCGACGACCGCAUGCCCGCAGCCGAGAGACUGACCAGCGGUGGGAGCACGGGGGCGCCGCGCAAAGUCACCACAACCUCGCGUGCGAUUCGCGACUCGUCAGGCGCAGCGCAUGCACGCAACCAGGAGGAACUGCGACAGCUUCGAGAGGAGCAACGAGCGCGCUUUGAGCAGAGAAGCGAAACGCAGGCGACUGGAGGCAUCACCGGUUGGCUCUCUGCGUCGCUAGCGCCCUCGGCGUCGGUUUCCGCCGCGCAGCCUGCUCAACCACGACACCCCGAGCCCGCAGAUGUCCCUACACCUGGCGGGAGCCGCAGAGAGGGAUCGGGAGGCAACGCGGCUUCCCGGUUUUUCAAGAGUCUCUUUGGCGGCAGAAGCGGCAGCCGAAGCGAAGAGGGACAUGAGAGAGGCGCCGCGAACCGAAGAGACCGAGACUCGCGGGGGCCUCGAAUGAAAACAAUCAAAGAUCUGCCUCCCGCGCCCCAGCGGCGAGGCUGAGGCUAGCUUACCUGUUUCUGCCAGCAGGACGGCUCUCUGCUGUGAGGGCGAGAGAGCACAAGACAUGUUGGAGGCCGCGUUUUCUCUCUCUUUCUCUCGCGUCUGUCCCUGAGGUGGCUGCACCCACAGACAGCGAGGACAGACUCUGCGGGAGAGGGAAGACGAGAUUGGGUCGUGAAGAAAAAACGGAGAGGACCUCGGGGCAGGCGAGUGCGACGGAGAGAAAGGGAGCAAGCGCAAGAAAGCUGAGCGAAGACAGGAUGACGCAAGCAAGGGGAGGAUACACAAAGAGACUGCGUACACUUCGCACGAGAGACAUAACAACAUCAAACACAAGGUGCAAAGAAACGCAGGUGUGCCUUCAUUUACAUUUCGACAACCGGUGGCUGCGGAGUUCCGACUGUCCAGGCUGUGCAAGUCUUUAGUGUACAUACUCCUGAGAACGUCAGGCAUCUGUCGCUCUGUCUAGAAUUUUGGCUCUGCUCCCUCCACUCGGGUGUACGAACACCCCUCGCCCCGUUGAGUCUUCUGUGUUUCCCUCUUCCGUCCCUGUUGCCGCUGGAUCGAAGCUUCAUCGUCUUGUUUGCUCGUGCCGCGCUCGGCGACAUGUCGGGCGUGGAGAGUGCAGAAGCAGCGCAUAUCGCAAUUUCGAAGCGACGUUUUCUUAGGUUUCGCUCUGCUGCACAGCGAGGGACGAGACUGCGCCAAAGCCUUUCCGUAUAGGAGGCGCCUUCUCCGAGAUGCUGAGCAGCUGAGUCGUUUCGCAUUUUCUUUGAAAUGAACGCGUGGUGUAUGGAUCAAGGAAGAGAGACAGAGGAAAAGUGCUGCCUGUCUUCCCCCCCAAAUCCUUUUCGAGGGGAACCUAACUCCUUUUGCUGUCGUCUUUCUGUCGCCCCAGUCUGACAGCCGCGGUGUACGUACACCUGUAUCGACAGCGUCUCCUCUUCGUCUCCCGUUGCUCCGCCGCCGCUUCGGGACUGAUCCAUAGUAAACCUGCGACAGUGCGUCGUCUGUUCUCCCUGAGUGUAGAUGAUGCGCUUGAGACUGGGUUUCUAACUGCCGUGUAUUCUCUCUGUGUCGCUGAUCUCAUGUCUUAGACUUUUCAACUCCUCGCGUUAGGCUCUAUCCCAGAGCACAGGACAGCCUCAGUUUCGAUUCACACCUCCUCAUGUGCACAUAUCCGAG